UGCGUCUCUGGCAUCUCACGUGCGGGAGCAUGGGCCCAAGAUUGUGACGAGCAAGUGCAAGCCGGCGUCGCAGGGCCACAGGGCCGUCGCUCCGUCGCAGCCGUGCGUCAGCGACAGCUCGCUCAAACUCACGCACGUGCUCUACAACCUGUCGCCCGCUGAACUCUACGAGCAGGCGAUCAAGUACGAAAAGGGGUCGUUUAUCACGUCGUCCGGCGCCUUGGCGACGCUCUCGGGAGCCAAGACGGGGCGAUCGCCCAAGGACAAGCGCGUCGUCAAGGAGGAAACUUCCAGCGACGACCUGUGGUGGGGCGAGGGGUCGCCCAACAUCGAGAUGGACGAGGAGACAUUUCUGGUGAACCGCGAGAGAGCGGUGGACUACCUCAACUCGCUCGACAAGGUGUUUGUGAACGACCAGUUUCUCAACUGGGAGACGGAGCACCGGCUCAAAGUGCGCAUCGUCUCUGCACGGGCCUACCAUGCGCUCUUCAUGCACAACAUGUGCAUUCGGCCGACAGCAGAGGAGCUGGAGAGCUUCGGCAAGCCGGAUUUCACCAUCUACAACGCAGGGCAGUUCCCCUGCAACCGCUUCACGCACUACAUGACUUCCUCCACGAGCAUCGACCUAAACUUGCAGCGCAAGGAGAUGGUGAUCCUGGGCACGCAGUACGCGGGCGAGAUGAAGAAGGGGCUUUUCUCCGUCAUGCAUUACCUCAUGCCGAAGCGCGGCGUGCUCUCGCUGCACUCUGGGUGCAACAUGGGGAAGGCCGGAGACGUGGCGCUCUUCUUUGGGCUGUCGGGCACGGGCAAGACGACGCUGUCGACGGACGAGAACCGGGAUCUGAUUGGGGAUGAUGAGCACUGCUGGACGGACAACGGCGUGUCCAACAUCGAGGGCGGGUGCUACGCCAAGUGCAUCGGCCUGUCUGCGGAGAACGAGCCCGAGAUCUUCAACGCCAUCAAGUUCGGCACAGUGUUGGAGAACGUGGUGUUUGACGAGCACACGCGCGAGGUGGACUACGAUGACAAGUCAGUCACGGAGAACACGCGCGCGUCCUACCCCAUCGACUUCAUCCCCAACGCGCGCAUCCCCUGCGUCGGCCCGCACCCCAAGAACGUCAUCCUGCUCGCCUGCGACGCCUUCGGCGUGCUGCCGCCCGUCAGCCGCCUCUCCCUGCCGCAGACCAUGUACCACUUCAUCAGCGGCUACACCGCUCUGGUGGCGGGCACGGAGGACGGCGUGAAGGAGCCGCGCGCAACCUUCUCCGCGUGCUUCGGCGCGGCGUUCAUCAUGUGGCACCCCACCAAGUACGCCGCGAUGCUCGCGGAGCGCAUGCAGCGGCACGGCGCGACGGCGUGGCUGGUGAACACGGGGUGGUCGGGCGGAAGCUACGGCGUGGGGCAGCGCAUGAAGCUGAAGCACACGCGCGCCAUCGUGAACGCCAUUCACGACGGCUCGCUGCUCGACGCGUCGUACAGCGCCACGCCCAUCUUCGGCCUGCAGGUCCCGCAUGCCGUCAACGGCGUGCCGUCGGAGAUUCUCAUGCCGCAGAACAUGUGGGAGGACAAGGCGGCGUACGAGGCGACUCUGGUGAAGCUAGCGCGGCUGUUCCAAGACAACUUCAAGAAGUUCGCCGAGUACGACGGGAAUGGCAGCGAUGGCAAGCUUGCGGCGGAUAUUCUCGCUGCAGGGCCGCAGCUCUAG